AUGGCGGCGUACUCCAGCAAGUUCUUCAAGAUCGGAAGCUGCGACGGGCAGAAGGUCGUCGACGGCGAAGUGAUGCCGUUAGUGCUGGAGCCGGCGGACCCGGCGAAGAAGGACGUCGAGUCGCUGGUGGAGGCGUUGGGGAACAACAAGGAGUGGUUCGACCAGAUGAUCACCAAAAACAGCGCCGUUUUGCUGCGGGGCUUCGACGUGGGAAACGCCGUCAACUUCAACGACGUCGUGGAGGCCUGUGACUGGGAGGACAUCCGCUACGUUGGGCCGGCUCCCCGGACCCAUAUCCACAAGCGGAUCUGGACCGCCAACGAGGGCCCCUUGUCCGAGUUCAUCUACUACCACCACGAGAUGGUCCUGAUAAAGGAGUUCCCCAAGAAAGUGAUACUGUUCUGCGAGAUUCCUCCGCCGGAAGGAGGAGAGACGCCGUUUGUGCCGAGCUUCAAAGUGACGGAGAAGAUGCUCGAGGAGUUCCCGGAAGAAGUCGAGGAGAUAGAGAAGAGAGGUCUGAUGUACUCUUUCUCUGCACCUACUCGAAACACCACUGCUUCCAUGAGAGGACGAGGUUGGGAGGAUGCUUUUGCUACAUCCGACAAGCAGGAAGCCGAACGCAGGGCCAAUGCUCUAGGGAUGGAAAUCGAGUGGCUCGCAGAUGGAGGUGCGAAGACGAUACUGAGGCCAAGGGCGCUGACGAGGGUGUUCGAAGGGAGGAACGGGAGGAGGAUGUGGUUCAACACCGUGGUGGGGAUGCAUGGGAAGGAGCAGAGCUCGGCAACAAUGGCGGACGGGACGGAGUUGCCAUUGAAGUUGGUGAAGAGGUGUGAGGAGAUCAUAGAGGAAGAGAGCAUCCAGUUCAAAUGGCAGAAGGGGGAUGUUGCCUUCUUCGAUAACUGGGCUUUGCUCCAUGGCAGGAGGCCUUCUCUGCCUCCAAGGAAAGUGCUCGUCGCUACUUGCAAGUGA